AGGGUCAACUGCUCGGGCAUCGUCCGCGGGGAGCAGAGAGCCCUCGAGGAGGCUCAGAUCAGCAACCUGGAGGUGGCGAACAGAAGGGCUCCGCUGACCCCCGGCGAGUACCUGAACAUGACGAGGGACUGCAGAAGCUACAAGGAGGCUCGGCAGUUCAUCGAGUUCCCGCUCAGCCAAGAGGAGGCAGAGUUCCCCAUCGCUUACUCCAUGGUGAUCCACAACAAAAUCGAGAUGUUCGAGAGGCUCCUGCGGUCUCUCUACGCUCCCCAGAAUAUCUACUGUGUCCACAUCGACAGCAAGUCCCCGGCUGAAUUCCAGGAGGCUGUGCGGGCCAUCGCAGGCUGCUUCCCCAACGUCUUCGUGGCCAGUCGCCUGGAAAGCGUGGUCUAUGCCUCCUGGUCCCGGCUGCAGGCUGACCUCAACUGCAUGCAGGACCUGCUGCAGAGCCCUGUGCCUUGGCGCUACAUCCUCAACACCUGCGGCACCGACUUCCCCAUCAAGACCAACGCCGAGAUUGUCCGUGCCCUGAAGGUGCUGCAGGGACGGAACAGCAUGGAGUCAGAGAAGCCCUCGGCAGCCAAGCAGGGACGCUGGCAGUACCACCACGAAGUGGGGAAUGUCAUCUCCCGCACUGCCCAAAAAAAACAGCCACCACCCCACAACUACCCCAUGUUCACAGGUAAUGCCUACAUCGUGGUCACACGGGACUUCGUGCAGCACAUCUUUGAGAACCCCACGGCACAAAAGUUCCUCGAGUGGGCUAAGGACACGUACAGCCCUGACGAGCACGUCUGGGCCACCCUGAACCGCAUGCCAGGCGUGCCG